CCGCCCGUAUUACAUUGUUUUUUCUCUCUAUAUAAAUCAUUACAUUGUACUUUGUUGUAAGUCCGGGGUGUGGUUUUAGCCGAGGCUGCUGCAUUACACGCGGGGAUUUUCUUUCUUUCUUUCUUCCCGAGCGAGAGCAGCCAGAGUUCAGUGGGACAGGCUGCUGGUGGUUUGUGUGACGCGCACCCCCGUGGGUUGGAGAGCGGCUCUGUGUGUGUGUGCACACAGCAGCAGCAGCACACACACCUCUACCUCCACGCUCUCGCACAGCAGACAGCGCAGGCACGGCACAAGGGCGCGCAGGAAGCCAGCCAAAGCCAUUCCCUUAAGCAGCAGCAGCAACGACAACGACCAGAAGAAGAUUAAGCGGAGAGACAAGCGAGGAGCAGCAGGAGGACAACAACCACCAACGACCAAGAGGAAGACCAAGUAAAGACGCACAAUGGCAGCAGCAGCAGGGAGAGGAGGGGGAGGAGCAGGCGGCGGCGGUAAGGACGAGGAGCUGCCCGUCUAUUUCGGCCGCUUGGGCUCCGGCAGUCCCAAGCCUCGACAGAAGUACGGGGGCAUGUUCUGCACGGUGGAGGGCGCGUACGAGAACAAGACUAUAGACUUCGACUCGUACAGCGUGGGCCGACGAUCGGCCGCGGAGACUCCGAACCGGUCCGGGACGCGCUCGCCGGCGUCCGGCGACUCCCCGCCGGGCAGCGUGAGCGGCGGGGAGUCGGCACCCGGCAAUGGGGACGCGGAGAGCGGGGCACCGUUGCCCGGUCCGCCCGGGGUCACCACGACGAGCGGCAACCCGCUCACGAUCAGGGCGGCCACCGGCAAAGAGGCGCUGCAGAACAAUGACGACGACGUGAAGAGUGACCGUCUGCUGAUAAAGGGAGGACGCGUCAUCAAUGAUGACCAGUCGUUCACCGCCGACAUUUACGUGGAGGAUGGCUUGAUAAAGCAAAUCGGAGACAACUUGAUCGUCCCGGGCGGCGUGAAGAGCAUCGAAGCCAACGGACGCAUGGUGAUGCCCGGUGGGAUCGAUGUCCACACCCACCUGCAGAUGCCCUACCUGGGCACCAGCACCAUGGAUGACUUCUACCAGGGCACACGUGCGGCAUUGGCUGGUGGCACCACCAUGAUCAUUGACCACGUGAUCCCGGAGCCCGGCUGCAGUCUGCUGGGCGCGUACGAGCAGUGGCGCGAGUGGGCCGAUGCGAAGGCCUGCUGCGACUACUCGCUGCACGUGCAGCUCACCUAUUGGAACAGUGAGCUCUGCUCCGAGAUGGAAACGCUCAUCAAGGAUAAAGGUAUCAACUCGUUCCUCGUGUACAUGGCUUACAAGGACAAGUACCAGCUGACCGAUGCCGAGAUUUACGAAGCCUUCACGGCCAUCCGCGACCUCGGUGCCAUUGCCUUGGUGCAUGCGGAGAAUGGAAGCAUCAUCGCAGAGGAACAAAAGAGGAUCCUGGGUCUGCAAAUCACUGGGCCUGAAGGCCACGUCCUGAGCCGGCCUGAAGAGGUUGAGGCGGAGGCGGUGAACCGGGCCAUCACCAUUGCCAACCAAACCAACUGCCCCCUCUACAUCACCAAGGUCAUGAGCCGCAGCGCAGCCGAUGUCAUCGCUCUGUCCAGGAAGAGGGGCACGGUGGUGUACGGCGAGCCCAUCACGGCCAGCCUGGGCACAGAGGGCUCGCACUACUGGAGCAAGAACUGGGCCAAGGCAGCGGCGUUCGUCACCUCGCCGCCCAUCAGCCCCGACCCCUCCACGCCCGAGUACCUCAACUCCAUGCUCGCAUGCGGGGACCUGCACGUGACGGGCAGCGCUCACUGCACGUUCAGCACCGCGCAGAAAGCUCUGGGCAAGGAUGACUUCACGCUCAUCCCCGAGGGCACCAACGGCAUCGAGGAGCGCAUGAGCAUCGUGUGGGACAAGGGCGUGGCCACCGGGAAGAUGGAUGAAAACCAGUUCGUCGCAGUGACCAGCACCAACGCAGCCAAAGUGUUUAACCUGUACCCCCGCAAGGGGCGCAUCGCAGUGGGCUCCGAUGCAGACCUCAUCAUAUGGGACCCGGACGUGGUGAAGACCAUCUCUGCCAAGACUCACCACCAGGCGGUGGAGUACAACAUCUUCGAGGGCAUGGAGGUGCGGGGAGUUCCGCUGGCCGUCAUCAGCCAGGGCAAGAUCGUGAUGGAGGACGGCACGCUGCACGCCAUGCAGGGCGUCGGCCGCUUCGUGCCGCGGAAGGCGUUCCCCGAGCAGGUGUACAAGCGCAUCAAGGCGCGCAGCCAGCUGACGGAGCUGCAGGGCGUCCCCCGGGGCCUGUACGACGGCCCCGUGCAGGAGGUGACCGUGUCCUCGCGCACAGCCACCCCGGCCGCUUCGGCCAAAACGUCGCCCACUCGACAGACGGCGGCCUCCGCCGCCUCCCAGGCCUCCAACCUGCGCAACCUGCACCAGUCGGGAUUCUGUCUCUCUGGAGCCCAAGUGGAUGACAAUAUGCCGCGUCGCACCGGACACCGUAUCGUGGCGCCUCCCGGGGGACGCUCGAACAUCACCUCCCUGGGCUAAAGAGAGAGAGAGAGAGCGAUGGAGACGGCGACCAGAGGCACCGCCACUGCCGACCGCCAAGACCGCCGCGAGCGCCGUCAAUGCCCUCAACCCAACAAACCCCACCCGCACGCCAUUGUGACUCCCAUCUCUCAGUUGUCUCGGCGCGCCUGGAUAGAGUCUGUAUCUGCUGCAUGAGCCAGGGGUUUGCCCGCCACAAGCUGCGGUGGCUUUUUCUCUUUCUGGCUGUCAGAUGCAUAUUGCAGCCUGGAAGGGCAAUUUUAUACCGAUAUUAUUAUCCUGGAAUAAUGCGCGCGUUGGUUGGGGCGAUAGCAGCAUUUAACUCAGCUGGUGCAUGGUUCGUCAUGUGAUCAGAUCUUGCAUCGCACGCUUUGGAAAAGAUUUACGUUAAUAUUACCAACGUUUGGUUAACCCUGGAAAUCGUGAAAGUUUUAAGGUCGUAUUCACCAAUUUUUGGGAUCGCACUGCUUCAAGAGUGUGUGGAAAGAAACUGGAGUUCCCAGGGAAUCCCUAAAUGCACAAGUUUAAAUUUCUAAAACUUAUUGCAAAUCGUCUGUCGUAAACACACUGCUCUGCUUAUUGCAUGUGUAGUGAUCCACUCAGAGACACUAGGAGUAGGAGGCACUCUUCACAGGGUACAAGGGAUAACUACACUCUCAGUCAGGACAGCGAACAGACUGCCUGACUGACAACGUCGAGAAGGUGAAGACGGUGACGAAGACUCAAGCAGCCCAACGGGAUUCCACUCCAAGCAACAGCCCCGAACCAUCGCUCGGGGUCGCCUUUUAUCCUCCUAGCGUGGCCUGGCUCUGCCCCCGGCCUUGCCUCCCUUCUAGAACCUACUAGUGGGUUCCCGGGCUUCCCUCACGUGCCCCCCCUAUCACCUUUGCCCUACAUCCCUCUUUCUGCUUAUCACGUCACCUGCUGACAGACAUGGCUGCUGCAACCGCAGAUCCCUUUCUCUGCCAGCAACCAGCGCUAUGCACCAUAGUAAAGCAUUCCAUGUCACUACACAUGCACCCCAUUGCCCAGAAAGGGAGUGUCUUGCACAAGUUCCAUCGUUGUGUUAUCCACCAACCCUACCUCCAAGAGGAUAAAUUACAGACUGAUGCCACCACACCGAUUAAUGAUAAAAAAAAAAAAUACAAGUUUUACCCGAUGAGUUUUAACACACCGUGCCCUUACCAGGCUGCCCCCCGUUUAAAAAUGUCGUCUGAAUUGCAUUGGCAAUGCUUCUCGUUGGGAAACGUGCUUCCGAUCACAAAUGCAGACUCAAUCCAGUUGUGCCGACAGCUUUAGAAUUACUAAAUGCUCAGCAGGAAUGCUAACGGUGGUUGCUCGUAUAAAGAUAACGAUAACAAUAAUAAAGAAUAAAAGUAAGAGUAAGGUCUGAUUUCUUUGUCUUGCCAUAGAUGACCGACUGCUUUGCAGGAUAUUUCUGACGUAGAAGGGUGAGAAAGUGGUCGUGAUGAUUGCUUCUGUUACACGGGAAGUGCCAUGGUGGCUAGGAUAUGUUGACUACCUUGUCUGCUAUACAGGAGGUCGUGGGUUCGAUCUCGACCCUGACGCCUGCUGUAUAUUUGGAGUUUGUGUGUCUCUCUCUCUGAUCAUCAUCACGGUGGCUAGGAGAUGUUAACUACCUUGUCUGUUAUACAGGAGGUCGUGGGUUCGAUCUCGACCCUGACGCCUGCUGUAUAUUUGGAGUUUGCGUGUCUCUCUCUCAUCAUCAUCACGGUGGCUAGGAGAUGUUAACUACCUUGUCUGUUAUACAGGAGGUCGUGGGUUCGAUAUCGACCCUGACGCCUGCUGUAUAUUUGGAGUUUGCAUGUUCUCCCCGUGGUCACAUGGAUUUUUCCCCAGGUCCUCUUGUUUUUCGCUCCACGUUUAGAAACACGCGUUUCGACUAUUUGGCUGCUAUACAUUUCCACAUGAAAGCCACUUCGUGGAACUAUCAUUUGUGGCCAGGUCGCUUGUGAAAAAGAGCUGCAUAGCUCAGUGGGCCUUACCUGGAACAAAACAACAAUUAGUGCAUGCGCAGGACUCACUGAGCAGGAGAAAUAUUCACCACAUUUUGAAUUCGAAUUUACAGUAUUGGUUUUGUACAAACGGUGAGACGAAACCGUCUCAUUACAUCUGGUUCUGCACUUAAUUUUGGUUACAUUUCACCUCUUGAGAAAUUAUAAUUUGGUUUUGACCGACGGGUGACGUACCACACUAUCUGCUGGACAUCUGUGAAAAAGAGCUUUAUGGCUCAUCGGAUUCAUCUAGUAUAGAUAAAUAUUCUGAUUCUCGCGUUAAGGGCGAGUGGGAAUGUGCCGGCCCCUCUAAUCGUGUGCACCAGAGGUCACUAAAAGGGAUCUCAGAGGGAGCUCUGUGAUAUCCGCUUCCGUGGGCCAUUCUCUAACACGGAUAAGUUGCACCACUCUGCGUGGGUUUCAAAAGAUGCUGAAAACACAAUCGGAAUGCAAUCGUGAAAAAAAAUCACAAAUUAUUAAAGAGAUCAACCGUGUGUGCAUGACAUGAGAAUUCGGUUUGGGUUAACGUGCUGUGUUCUAUGGUCACAUCCCAUUGUCCGACACUUAUAAUUUAACUACAGUUUUGUAGCAAAUGGGCUUUUAUUCGAACGCGUAUCCAGCAAGAAGGUUUGUCUGUGCAUGAAAAGUGAGUGCUUGACGACGUUUGUUCUUUUUUUUCAAGGCACUUUGGCCAAAACAAAAGCAUUGACGUGCAGCAGUCAUGAAGGGGGAGUGUUUUACCAUACUGCACCAUACUGCUCAGUGCAGGGUUGGUGAAACCACAUUUUGUCUUUGUCGAGUAUGUAUGUUGAACUUCUUUCGCACCGUACGUAGCCAACCGUGCUAAUGAUAGAUGCGGUGGGGAAGGACAACAAACUAAACACAAAAAGCAGCUCUAAAGAAAUGAGUUUUCAAUUUAUAUUUCAAAGUACACAUCUCCAGUGGCUCCCUAAUAACAACAUAGAGUGCCUGACUGGCAUGGAUGUCCCUAUCCAGAAGAGCUACUUGGGUAUAAAGGGCUCAUUGGCUUCUCUGCCAAAUCAAGGCAGUGUACCACUGAUUUUGAAACAUUCGUGUUUUACACCAGCGCCCCAAACUCUGUGCAACUGGCAAACGUGUAAAGUGUAUCUCUUUAAAAAAGAGUUUUUGGGGAAACUGCUAUAUUAUAACUCUUGUUGGUUUAAAACUCUAGGUCCUGUGGCCCACCCAUGGCUUUACAUUCCAACAGUAUUAUAUAAAUGAUACGUUUAUAUGUAAUACUUGUUAUUUUAGUAUCGAUUUCAUCGUUUGUUAAAAUCAUGUUUUAAGACCAUUUUCUAACUUUUUCUGUAUUUAAAUGUCACAUUCACUACCCUCAUGUUGAGUUUAUAUCUGUCACAUGAUACAUUUUCCCAUAUGCAAAUAUUCACCCAUGUGAGCUGGAGCAUAAAGUGGACAUGUUUUUCGGAGGGCAUUUUGUAUACACACUGCAAAAAGGAAAAAAAAAAACUACCACUUUAUGCUUUGCACCUCGCAUUUUGUGCACAUCGAAUUUGUGCACAUAAAUUUUUCGCUAUUUGAAACUAUUUUCGUUGACAAAAUUGUCAAUUGUACGAUCAUCAUUCCUGUCUCGUUUCACGCCAAAAAAAAAUAACCACUGGUUUUACAGCAUAUUACUUUUUUUUCUCAUCCUUGUCCAUCAUGACACAUUCAACAUGCAGCCCUUGGGGGACCUGUAAAUUAUUCGUCGAAAAAGAAUAUCUGGCUUCAUGCCGUGGGGUCAUGUGUGAACAAGAGGCAAAGGCCACUUCUCAAAACUACUGAUGCCUACAUGAUUUCCACAUAUUUGUUGAAAUAUAUAGGUCGGAAACUGCAAACAGAAACACCUGAGAUUUGAGGUGCCAAUUUAUCAACCAGCCAAUGUUCAUAUGGGGUUGUUUUUUCAACAGCUAAAACGCACUGCAAUGCGUUAUUGCUGCUGAUAAGGAUAAUUUACAAGAUAUAUAAUGUUAUUAUUAAUUUAGACUUAAGGUACCUGCAUUGAAUUGGCUUCAUGAUCCAAUUUUAGAACUGUAUAGUUUAUCCUAAAGAGUAUAGGAAUUGCAAAGUCCUAACAAAUGUCUCUUUUAUUUGAAAACACGUAAAAAAUCUGCUUAAAAUGUUAAGCCAAUACUGUAUGUUUAAACAAAUUGUGAUAACCAGCUACAUUGUCUCCACAUUAAAAUAAAAUUAAGAAGAAAAUGUAGGCCUCAA